AUGAAGGUUUCAGGCUUGCUCGCCCUUGGCUCUCUGCUCUCUGCUCUUGGAGUUGUAGCUGUUCCUAUCUCUGAGUUUGAUGCCAAAGUCGCGGCUGGGUACCGUCUUCUCCAGACUUCGGACGACAAGGCUCCAUUCUGGGCGACCGAGGAGGAAAAGCUCGAAUUGUUGAGGAAGGAUGUCGGAUACUUCGACUUGACAGAGACUUACCACCUCGAGGAGGAGCUCAAGGCCAAAAAGGUCAAGGCAGUUGUCGAGCGUGCAACUUACCCCGCCAUCUCGCAGCAAACCUCUGUCAAGGCCCUUCUGCCCUCGCUCUCGACCACCAACAUGAACACAUACCUCUCCAAGCUCACGGCGUUCAACAAUAGGUACUAUAAGGCUACCACCGGGCUCGACGCCAGCAACUACAUCUACGACACUCUAUCCUCCUUCGCAGCUGGAAAAUCCGGAGUAACCGUCACGAAAUUCUCCCACUCCUGGACCCAACAAUCCAUCAUCGCCAAAAUUGCCGGCUCGUCAUCGACCGCAUCGACAGUUGUAUUGGGCGCACAUGAAGACAGCAUUAACCAGUCCAACCCCAUGAACGGCCGCGCACCCGGAGCAGAUGACGACGGUACUGGCGCCGUCAACCUGAUCGAGGUCUUCCGUGUACUUGUCGCGAGUGGAUUCAAGCCCACCAAGAACGUCGAGUUCCACUGGUACUCGGGUGAAGAGGCCGGAUUGCUCGGCAGUAACGCAAUUGCCACGAAUUACAAGUCUGCAGGAAAGAGUAUUUAUGCGAUGUUGCAGUUGGAUAUGACUGGCUAUGUCAAGCCUGGAACAACCGGAGCUAUCACUCUGGUCACGGACAACACAGAUUCCGGCCUGACCUCUUACGUCACCAGCCUCGCGACUGCGUACUCCAGCAUCAAGACGGCGACCACCACCUGCGGAUAUGGGUGCUCCGACCACUCCAGCUGGACGCGCCAAGGAUACCCUGCGGCAUUCCCCUUCGAGAGUACUUAUGCGAACCACAACUCUGCCAUCCACGGAAGCGGCGACACCACUUCCGUCUCCGGCUUCUCAUGGACCCAUUCUCUUGAAUUCGCCAAGGUUGCACUUGCUUUCGCGUACGAACUGGGUGCUUAA